AUGACAUGGGCUUUGGCUUCUGAAGCAAACAUCAUUUCCAAGAGUAAGCACACAGCACGUGAGGUUAAGUACUCUGGAUUUUUGACCAAGACUGAUGGAGUAGAUUCAGUGGCAAGAGAUUUAAUGAAUUUGGGAGGGCAUAUAGCUUCCCCGGUAACAAAUUCAUACAACUCAUUUCCCCAAGGGUUUGCAGAGAGACCAUCGGAGGUGGUGGAAGAAGCGGAAGUGGAAGAGGAAGAGGUGGAAGAAGCCAUGAAUCAGAUAGCAUGCUUCUCCAUAGCUGCUGAUACCCUUUCACCAGGUCACUCUCUUUCUCAUUCGAAGAGAGAGUCCAUAGUAUCUAAAGGUGGCACUUUUGAGCUGGGUUUCUUCAAACCAGGCACUUCAUCAAAAAUCUACCUGGGCAUAUGGUAUAAAGGGUUUCAUGAGGAAAUUGUUUGGGUAGCAAACAGAGAAAACCCUUUGUCUCACCCAUCUUCCUCAAGACUUUACCUCUCAGAAAAUGGCAAUCUAUUCCUUUUUGAAGGUUCCUCCGAGAUUCCUGUUUGGUCAACAAAUUUGACAUUUCCCCGGUCAAAUAUAACUGAAGCAGUACUUGGUGAUGAUGGAAAUUUUGUUUUGAGAGGUAGAUCGAACACCUCUUCUAUAUUUUGGGAGACUUUCAACCAUCUAACCGAUACAUUGCUGCCAAGUGCGAAGGUUCGGGUCAAUAAGGUUACUGGAAAACCACAGCAACUCAUUUCAUGGAAAAAUUCACAAGAUCCAGCACCUGGUCUCUUCUCGGCGGGGUUAAACCCAAAUGGAAGCAUUCAGCUUUUCUUAGAGUGGAACAGAUCCCAAAUUUAUUGGAGUUCGGAAGUUUUGAAUGAAAGUGAAAAUAUGGGAAGGAGCAGUAUCUUCAAUUUGAGUUUUGUGUCAACUACAAAUGAAAGUGAGAGAUAUUUUGCUAGCUCUCUUUAUAAUCCGUCUAACCUUGCUAAUUAUCGAAUUGACCAAACAGGACAGAUCAAGGCACGUGUGUGGGAGUCUGGCCUUUCCAUUUGGAGUACAUUUUGGUAUGCACCGAGGAAUCUAUCUGAUGUCUACGCUUUGUGUGGUGCAUUUGGCGUGGUACAAUACCCUGACAACUCCUCAUACCCUUGUGGGUGUCUAAAAGGUUUCAAACCAUUUUCGAUGGAAGACACCAGACUAAAUGAUUGGUCAGGCGGCUGUGUGAGGAAAUCUCCUUCGCAAUGUGAGAAUAAUACGUAUGCUAAUGGCAAAAAAGAUUGGUUCAUGAAAAUAUCAAUCAUGCGAUUGCCUGAUUAUUCAAAAGCAUAUUUGGCCGUGAUUCCUAGCAGUUGUGAAUCGGCUUGCAUGGAAAAUUGUUCUUGCACAGCUUAUGCUUAUAGUAGGAGUGAGUGUAUGAUAUGGGAAGGAGCUCUUUUGAGCUUACAGCAACUUCCAUAUGGUGGCGAGAUUGAAUAA